UGUAUAUAUUCAAGUCAAAUAUAGCUACAAAUACCUCAAGAUUCGUCUUUUGUAAAGCCCACAAAAACGGAAGUUGAGUUUGGAGCGAUGGAGUGAAGAUUGAAGACGUGAUAGAAGAUGGCGACGACCGGUAAAAGAGAACAUGAAAGAGAAUCAAUAACGGAGAAAAAAUACGAAAACCGAAGAUAAAGUGGAGCGAGUGGAAGUUUCCAACAACAUAAUUUUGGAGACCGUUGUAAACCUCGAAAAGAGCGUGGAUGAGAAAUGAGCCGACGUUGUUGAAGAAUGUAAAGAAAGAGCCGCCAUGAUUGUUAGCUUGAAGAAGGCAGUGGAGUUCACAUCAGAGGAGAUGAAAGAAUGCAAAAGUCAAAUGAAGAAAGUGGAAGAGCAAAACAAGCGCUUGUGUAAAGAAAAUAAUGAUGUGAAAGAAGAGAUGUUGGGGAAGAGUAAGAGAUGUGAAGAGAAGACUGGACCACAUGUCUACAUCAACUUGCAGAGGAUUGGAGACGUCCAGCAGCUGAUUGGUCAUCCAGAAGAACUUCCCCCUCACUCGGAAGGGAAGAGCUCCACUUUGAAGCAGGAGACUCCACAACCACCCUGCAUUAAAAAGGAAGAGGAGGAACUCUGGAUCACUCAGGAGGGAGAGUGUCUUCUAGGACGAGAGGAAGCUGAUUACACCAAGUUUCCACUGAGUAUUCUCUCUGUGAAGACUGAAGAUGAUGAAGAGAAACCACAAGUAGACAACCUCUUAGCUCCACUAUCAGAUAGUGAGGCUGAAGACGAGGUUGAAGAACCUUUGAGCAGCGAUGCAGACUGUGAAGGUGAUAUGAGGACUCACACUGACAACAAACACCCUGAACCCUCUAAAAAAGGUUUGAGCUGCUCGGUUUGUGCUAAAAACUUUACUAAAAAGCACAAUUUGACUCAACACAUGAGAACACACACGGGCGAAAAACCAUUUAACUGUUCAGUCUGUGGCAAACAAUUUUCCCAUAAGUGCAAUUUGACUGAGCACAUGGGAACACACACAAGAGAAAAAACCUUUACUUGUUCAGUUUGUGGUAAAAUUUUUGUUUCCAGACAAGGUUUGACUCAACACAUAAGGAGACACACUGGACUAAAACCAUUUAAUUGUUCUGUGUGUGGUAAAAGCUUUUCUCAAACCAGCCACUUGACUCUGCACAUGAGAACGCACACAGGAGAGAAACCAUUUAACUGCUCAGUGUGCGGCAGAAGGUUCUCUCAAAAUAGUUCUUUAACUCAACACAUGAAAACGCACGCUGCAGAAUAAUCAUUUAGUGGUUCAGUGUGCUGUAAAAGGUUCCCACAUAAUGCAGGCGGAGUAAGACACAUAAAAACACAGAGAAUAACCAAUUAGCUGUUUAGUUUGAGGUAUGUUGCUCAUAUGUGGCGACAUCCACCCUACCCAGGACCUCCUCACUGCUUCUUUCACAAAUAUCCGAGGUAUUCAUACAAACUUGGAUUAUCUGGAGCAUAAUCUUAUAUCCUUGUGACGCCAUGUCUUCUCUGUGAAACUUUCCUGAACAGUAAAAUAGAUGCUGAUUGUUGUGCUUGGUUACUCAUUCAGUCAGGACAGACCUGGAGAGGAAUUGUAGUCUUCUUCAGUGAUGCUUAUACUGCCUCCAGAAUAGGGAUGUCCCGAUCCAGGUUUUUGCACUUCCGAUCCGAUACCGAUAUGGUUUUUGCAUUUCCGAUCCGAAACCGAUACUGACCGAUACCGAU